AUGGCUCCCAAACCGGAACCUAAGAAACCGGGAAAAAAGCCUGAUGAUGGAGUUGUACAUAAGAUUCAAAAACUACUCGGACUGACUCCACCUCCAAAAACCCCAGUUCCAGGUUUUAUGUACAGAAUUAAAAAUUUGUUGAAAUGUCACUAUAGAGGCUUACUUGGUUGGACCCUUGUCAUCCUUCUGUUUGUUUUGUGUUUUGAAAAACAUGAUCUUCCCAAGAAGAUAGAGGUUAUGUGGACGAGCAUGAUACUUUUAUUUAUUGUCCGACCCAUUAAUCCUCCGGUCGUUGCAUUCUUUCCUUUAUUUUUUCUGCCCAUGACUGGAACUAUAGGUUCCAGAGAAACUUGUGUUUGUUAUAUGAAUGCUGAUAUAGCUUUAUUUCUAUUGACAUCAAUGGUAAUGUUACUUUUAAAUAAUUGUGGCAAUGAUCGGCGCUUAGCGCUGUCGAUAAUGUCAUUCGGUGAUGCGGACCAACACAGCAUGAAAAAAAUGGUGUACAAAUGUUCCACAUCAGCAUAUUUAUUAGGAAUGCUGAGUAAUAGACUGGUGUCGUCUUCUAUGAUUACAGAAUAUUUUACUACGGCAAUGAUGAGUCUAGAAAAGAAAUAUGGCACGUCAGAAGCUGAACCUGAUUUAGAAGAGAUUCGCUUUGUAGUGAACAGUGCCAUUCACACAUCUUCGGCUAUUGGAAGUAUCGCUAUAGUUCACGCUGCAACACCCACAUUAUGUUUCCGUGCUAUUUUUCACGAGUCUGUUCCAGAUAAAGAAGCGGAAUAUGAAGAUCUUUUCAAUUACCUGCAAUAUACAGUAUUUGCUUUCCCAGUCUCUUUGAUAAUAUUCGUAUUGAAUUUGUUUUACCAUAUGAUCCUAAUAGAUAGGCAAGCCGAGGGUGAAAUGACUAGUGCAUGCACGACACUAUUGCAAAAAGCGCUUGCCGCUAGAAAGGCAGAGUUACCAAAACAAAUGACUUUACACGAGAAGCUUUGCAUAUCGGGGUUAAUAUUAUGGCUUUUCACACAUGCAUACCGGUGGAAUUAUUGGUUAGGUGGAUGGACAGAAUAUAUAAUGGAUGAAAAAUCUACCGAAGAAACUCCAUUACCAUAUGUGAAAGAUGCCACCGUUGCUGCUAUUUUCGCUGUCUUAUUACAUUCCUUACCAAAUGGCUUUAGUUUUGUUAAAUACACCGUCGUUAGCAAAAGAAAAGAUUUACCGAAACCGAAAGCGGAAUCUGGAAUAUUGUGGUGGAAAUACGUGGAUAAGAACGUCAACUAUGGAUACUUUUUUCUUAUAGGAUGUGGUGUGGCAAUAAUGGUUUCAGCACUAACUACUGGUCUUUGUGAUAUUAUUGGCCAAAAUUCUGGAUGCAUGAUCACUGAUCGAUCUUGGAACGUCGGGAUACUUAUAGUAAUUUUAGGAGCCAGUGUGGUCUCAAAUAUUGUAUCAUCUACUGCGGGUUGUUGUAUAUUUCUGCCAUUUGUGCUUUGCGCGGCACUCAAGGGUCCUGAUCCUUGGGGACAACGUGCUUAUUUAGUAGCAUUGGGUGUUGGAAUAGGGAGCUCCUUCGGAUAUGCUUGUCCCUACUUAUAUACGCCGGCUUAUUUUUGCCACUAUGUUGGCAAAGUACCGAAAGCCAAAAUGAUGAGAUAUUCGAUUAUAAGCACUAUAAUUUCAGUAAUAGUGCUAUGGCUAGCUCUUCUAUAUUAUGCACCAAUGAUAUGGGAUCCAUCCGACAAAGGGCAUACCUUUCUCGGUACAACUACUUUGGCUCCAGAUGCAGGUGGCGGCCCACCACCGGAAUAG